AUGCGACUCAGACUAUACAAUUUUCCGCUUAUGUGCGAGGACUGUACAACCGGCAAUCCGUCAAGUUUCAAGAACGGUGUUGCUCAGACUCUGACAGGUUCCAACAACUCCCCUUUCCCCCACAAGUUCGUUUUUCGGACGGUUGCCAGAUCACGGUUGGCUGAUUGUUUUCCAAAUACCAGUAGUUCCCGGUUGGGACUGUAG